CUACUCCGAUAGUCGCAAAACAAAUCGAUGACUCCUCACCACUAGUAAAAAUUGCUAGGAAAAACGAAAACGCGAAAAAUGAAAACGCAAUACAAAAAAGCAAAAUUGAAGUGAAACCAAGUGCAACAACGACGGAGCAAAAGAUUGCGUGCACACAACUCCCGCGAGGACGACAAAACAACCAGCAACUAAACAUAAUAAAAAGUAGCCACCCAGCAGAAGGAGAAGGAGCUAACCACGCCCCCGCCCCCCGCGAGUGGUGCCGGAAUCAACGCACGCCCCACCCACCCGCAUCCCGCACUCCAAGUCCAUCUGAAGCAUCCGCAACAUCCGCAUCCGCGAUGUCAAGUGAUAAGAUCAAAGUCGCCGUAAGGGUGCGACCCUUCAAUCGUCGUGAAAUCGAACUGGGUACAAAAUGUAUCGUGGAAAUGGAAAAACAGCAGACGAUACUCCAGAAUCCGCCACCACUGGAGAAAAUCGAAAGAAAACAACCAAAGACAUUUGCAUUCGAUCACUGUUUUUACUCAUUAAACCCCGAGGACGACAACUUUGCGUCCCAGGAGACAGUGUUCGAUUGCGUGGGACGUGGAAUUCUGGAUAAUGCAUUCCAGGGCUAUAAUGCAUGCAUAUUCGCAUACGGCCAGACAGGCUCUGGCAAGUCCUACACAAUGAUGGGCUCCCAGGAGAGCAAGGGCAUCAUUCCACGGCUGUGCGACAAGCUCUUCUCGGCCAUAGCCAACAAGUCCACGCCGGAGCUGAUGUACAAGGUGGAGGUGUCCUACAUGGAGAUUUACAACGAGAAGGUCCACGAUCUGCUCGACCCCAAGCCGAACAAGCAGUCGCUUAAGGUGCGCGAGCACAAUGUCAUGGGUCCCUACGUUGAUGGACUGUCGCAGCUGGCCGUGACAUCCUACCAGGACAUCGACAACCUCAUGACCGAGGGCAACAAGUCGCGAACAGUGGCGGCCACCAACAUGAACGCCGAGUCGUCGCGCUCCCAUGCCGUCUUCUCGGUGGUCCUCACCCAGAUACUCACGGAUCAGGCGACUGGCGUCAGUGGCGAGAAGGUGUCCCGCAUGUCCCUGGUGGAUUUGGCUGGCUCCGAGCGGGCCGUGAAAACGGGAGCCGUUGGCGAUCGUCUCAAGGAGGGUUCCAACAUCAACAAAUCUCUAACAACGCUGGGUCUGGUCAUCUCCAAGCUGGCCGACCAAUCGAAUGGCAAGAAGAGCGGCAACGACAAGUUCGUGCCCUACCGCGACUCCGUUCUCACCUGGCUACUAAAAGAUAAUCUGGGCGGAAACUCCAGAACCGUGAUGGUGGCCACCAUUUCACCCUCGGCGGACAACUACGAGGAGACGCUGUCUACGCUGCGCUAUGCGGAUCGGGCCAAGCGCAUUGUGAACCAUGCUGUGGUCAACGAAGAUCCCAACGCGCGCAUCAUUCGCGAGCUGCGGCACGAGGUGGAGACGCUCAGGAGUAUGCUAAAGCAUGCCACUGGGUCGCCGGUGGGCGAUGUGCAGGACAAGCUGGCCGAGAGCGAGAACCUGAUGAAGCAGAUCUCGCAGACCUGGGAGGAGAAGCUGGUCAAGACGGAGCGCAUCCAGAACGAGCGGCAGCAGGCGCUCGAGAAGAUGGGCAUCAGUGUGCAGGCCAGCGGCAUCAAGGUGGAGAAGAACAAGUACUACUUGGUCAAUUUGAAUGCCGAUCCGUCCCUCAACGAGCUCCUGGUCUACUACCUUAAGGAACGCACACUGAUUGGCGGACGCAGCAUCAGUGGCCAGCAGCCGGAUAUCCAACUGUCUGGUCUGGGCAUCCAGCCCGAGCACUGUGUGAUCACCAUCGAGGACAGUGGCCUGUACCUGGAGCCUGUGCAGGGGGCACGUUGCUUUGUCAACGGAUCGGCGGCUGUGGAGAGGAUUCCGCUGCAGAACGGCGACCGUAUCCUGUGGGGCAACCACCAUUUCUUCCGCGUCAACUCGCCGAAGAGCAACAACACGAGUAUGUGCGCCUCGGAGCCUCAGACGCCGGCGCAACUGAUUGAUUACAAUUUCGCACGCGAUGAGAUUAUGCAGAACGAGCUGAGCAACGACCCCAUCCAGACGGCCAUUGCUCGGCUGGAGCGGCAGCACGAGGAAGAUAAGCAGGUGGCGCUGGAGAAGCAGCGGCAGGAGUACGAACGUCAGUUCCAGCAGCUGCGCAACAUUCUCUCGCCCAGCACGCCGUAUGCUCCAUAUGCCCCCUACGAUCCGCUGCGCAUGGGCAAGAUAACACCGAAUACUCCUACUUCGCAGAUGCGAGUGGAAAAGUGGGCGCAGGAACGAGACGAGAUGUUCCGGCGCAGUUUGGGUCAGCUGAAAACGGACAUUAUGCGGGCCAACUCGCUAGUGCAGGAGGCCAACUUCCUGGCCGAGGAAAUGGAGAAGAAGACCAAGUUCUCAGUCACCCUGCAGAUACCGCCGGCCAAUCUGAGUCCCAACAGGCGGCGCGGGGCCUUUGUCAGCGAGCCCGCCAUUCUGGUGAAGCGCACAAACUCCGGCAGCCAGAUCUGGACCAUGGAGAAGCUGGAGAACAAGCUGAUCGACAUGCGCGAGAUGUACCAGGAUCACAAGGAGCGCGUUUUGAACGGACUGGACGAGGACAGUGCCAAGCCGCAGGAUCCGUUCUACGAGUCGCAGGAGAACCACAAUCUUAUUGGCGUGGCCAAUAUAUUCCUGGAGGUUCUCUUCCACGACGUCAAGCUGGACUACCACACACCGAUCAUCAGUCAGCAGGGUGAGGUGGCCGGUCGGUUGCAGGUGGAGAUCGAGCGCAUUGCCGGACAGAUGCCGCAGGAUCGCAUGUGCGAGUCGGUAUCCGAGUCGUCGGGCGAUUCGCGGGAUGAGUACGACGACCCGGUGGAUGCCACUUCCAAUCAAAUCACCUGCCGUGUGACCAUCAAGUGCGCCAGUGGCCUGCCCUUGUCGCUCUCCAACUUCGUCUUUUGCCAGUACACUUUCUGGGGCCACCAGGAGAUGGUGGUGCCUGUCAUCAAUGCCGAGUCCACGGCCCACGACCAGAACAUGGUCUUCAAGUUCGAGCACACGCAGGACUUUACGGUGACCAUCAACGAGGAGUUCCUGGAGCACUGCAUCGAGGGGGCGCUGUCCAUCGAGGUGUGGGGCCAUCGCAGUGCCGGCUUCUCCAGGACCAAGGGCUGGGAGGUGGAGCAGCAGCAGGCCAAGGCGCGAUCCCUGGUCGAUCGCUGGGCGGAGCUGUCGCGCAAGAUCGAGCUCUGGGUGGAGAUCCACGAGCUGAACGACAACGGCGAGUACUCGCCGGUGGAGGUGACCAACCGCAACGAGGUCCUCACCGGCGGCAUCUACCAGUUGCGCCAGGGUCAGCAGCGGCGGGUGAAUGUGCGCGUCAAGCCGGUCCAGAACUCGGGCACCCUGCCCAUCAUUUGCCAGUCGAUCGUGAACGUGGCCAUUGGCAGUGUGACGGUGCGGUCGCGGCUGCAGCGACCGCUGGAUUCGUACCAGGAGGAGGAUCUCACAGUGCUGCGGGAGAAGUGGAGCGAGGCGCUGGGUCGCCGGCGCCAGUACCUGGACCAGCAGAUCCAGAUGCUGAUCAAGAAGGAGGAGAAGAACGAGCAGGAGCGCGAGCGCGAGCUGAGCCUGGUGCACCAGUGGGUCUCGCUGACGGAGGAGCGCAACGCGGUGCUGGUGCCGGCGCCCGGCUCAGGCAUUCCCGGAGCACCCGCCUCGUGGGAGCCACCGUCGGGCAUGGAGCCCCAUGUGCCCGUGCUCUUCCUCAACCUGAACGGCGACGAUCUGUCGGCGCAGAACACCAACGACGAGCUCUCCAUUGCCGGCAUCAACUCGAUUCUGUCCAAGGAGCAUGGCCACAAGUUCUACACGCUGCAGAUCCUGCAGCAUCUGGACAAGGACGUGUGCUGUGUGGCCAGCUGGGACUCCUCGAUGCACGACAGCCAGGCCCUGAACCGUGUGACCGAGGCCAACGAGCGUGUGUAUCUCAUUCUGCGCACCACGGUGCGUCUGUCGCAUCCGGCACCCAUGGAUCUGGUGCUGCGCAAGCGGCUGAGCAUAAACAUCAAGAAGGGCCAGACGCUGACCGACCGCCUGAAGAAGUUCCGACUGGUGCGGGGCGAGAACGCCAUCUGGCAGAGCGGCGUCACCUAUGAGGUGGUCUCCAACAUUCCCAAGGCCUCCGAGGAGCUGGAGGAUCGCGAGUCGCUGGCCCAGUUGGCUGCCAGCGGCGAUGAUUGCUCGGCCAGUGACGGGGAAACCUACAUAGAGAAAUACACUCGUGGCGUUUCGGCGGUGGAGAGCAUACUCACACUGGAUCGCCUGCGGCAGAACGUGGCGGUCAAGGAGCUGGAGACGGCCCAUGGCCAGCCGCUGAGCAUGCGAAAGACCGUCAGUGUGCCAAACUUCUCGCAGGCGGUCAAAGACACCACCAAUACCGGGAGUAUUAUGCGCUUCGAUGCAUCGAUGGAGUCGCUGCUGAAUGUGGGACGAUCCGAGUCCUUUGCCGAUCUCAAUAACAGUGCGCUGGGCAGCAAGUUUACGCCAGGUCCAACUGGAACAGGCGGAGUCAUCCGGAAUCGCCACAGCUUUGGCGGCAAAGGUAGCAGCGAUGAUUCUCCCGGAAAAGCCUUUGGCAUUGCGCGUCCAACAUUUUUGAAUCUCAAUUUGAACUUGAACACAUUGAGAAUUGCGCCAACGAAACCUUCGCCGGCAACCAGUAAGCUGCUGGGCAUGCGGAUGACCACGCUGCACGAGGAGCCGCUGGGCGGCCAUAGAUCACUGGACGAGGAGCCGGAGGACAGCUACAGCGACUCGGAGUACGCCGCCGAGUACGAACAGGAGCGGCAGCAGAACAAGAGCCUGGCCACGCGGUCCCGCCUCACGGCUUCCAAGACCAUGGACUCGUUCAUGGACGUGAGCAGCCAUUCGAGCCAGAGCUACUUGAGCUACACGUCCAGUGCCAACGCGAACAUGAAGCAUCUGACCGGCCUGGCCACGCUGAGCAUGAGCUCCUCCACCAGCAGUGGCUACGGCUCCCAGGCUGUCUCCUGCAACAAUCUGAGCAACGAGGACAUCGCCUCAAUGCGUUCCAUGAGCAUUGAUGAGACGCCAGAUUUCGAUAGAGUUAACUCGAAUUCGCCACCGAACCGGCAGGCACGCGUCAAUCCCUUCCUCAAGGACAUGCCCAAAGCCAAAGCACAGGAGCAGCCGGAGCCGCAGGCCAAGAAACUGCAGGAGACCUUCACGCAUCCGCUGGAGCAGCUGGAGCCCCGGGAGAACGCACAAAGCGACGAGGAUGAGCGCGAGCGCGAGCAGUUGCCAAAGAAUAACAACAAUAACAACGUGGUGUUGGUCAAGGAGCCGGUACAGAUCGAAGUGCAAGAGGAGCCGGAGGAAGCUGAGCCGCAAAUCGAAUCACAAACAGAGCUUGCCACAGACAAUCAGAACGGCAACAGGUCCUCCUCCGACGAGGUGAGCCAGAGUUCCGAGGACCUGCUCGAGUGCGAUGGCAUCGUACAGGAGGAGUUGCCCGCCGGCAAGGUGGUGCGGCGCAAGAAAUCCCAGAACACGCAGCCUCCGAGCAAUGGCAGCAGCAAUAAUAACAACAAUAACAACAGCAACAGCACAAGUCAGGCACCGCGCAUCAAUCAUCGGGCAUCGGUGGCCAAAAUGGAGGGUUUGGCCGCGUACAUGGACUCCAGCAUCAUGUCCAGCAGCACAGAAGUCGAUGACGAAAGCAAGGAUGUGGAAGUGAUCCUGCCCGAUUGGAUAGUGGUGGGGGAGUCGGUUCUGAUCCGGCCAUACAACACUAGCGGCGUCAUCCGCUUUGUGGGCACCACGGAGUUCCAGCCCGGUGCUUGGAUAGGCGUUGAACUGGACACGCCCACGGGCAAGAACGACGGCAGCGUGAAGGGCAUUCAGUAUUUCCAGUGCAAGCCCAAGCACGGCAUGUUCGUGCGCUCCGACAAGCUGAUGCUGGACAAGCGCGGCAAGGCGAUGCGAGCCUACAAGGCGGCCGAGAAGAGCAACAGCAUCAGCAAAGAGAUGAGUAGCUCGAUGACUGGCUCGAUGACACGCUCCAAGAGCCGCGGCGAUUCGCUAAACCUCUCGGCGCGCAAAUGAUUGUACCCCAAGUGUUCGCAUCAGCUGCAGCGCUGGACUAAUUGCAGGCAAUCGACGGCGGUGGCCACCAGUGCUGCGGGCAGCAGCCAGCCGGCGACCUGCCACAGACUGCGUGCAACCAGCGGCGCUGCAGAUGCGAACAGUCAUGGCAAGAAGUGCUAUGCCAAUCGACGCUCGACGGCCUUCUAAGGCCGCCACCCAGGAUGACAGAUGAGGAGCAACGAACAAUGCGGAGCAUAAUCCACAUGCCAACCAUAUUCUAGCUUACUUAACUAUUCUCACACCAUGCCGCAAAUGAAAUGCCGUACACUUAACCCUCCCCCCCACGCUUCUCUAAGUAGUUUAAGGCGGUGUCUACAGCAGAACUAAUUACUAAUCUAGCUAAACUAAACUAAACUAAACGAAACAAAACGAAUCGAAACUAAACCAAGCCGGGCAGUCGUUGGCGUAGUUGCAAUAUACCUCGAACACUUGGGCGAGAUCGUAAAAUUUAGCAACCCUUUCGAUUAAUCUAUGUGUGAAUUAAGAGCACUUCUGAUUCUGAUUCCAUUGUUUUGUGUUCGUGUAGUUAAUUGUCUUUUAUUGCUUUUCGAUUUUUGAACGAAGCGCUUUACUGAUCUAUAUAUAUAUUUUUGUAAUGGUUCUUUGCCUUUAGUUUAGUUCAAUUGUUUUUGAUAUCAAUGUGACUUUAUGAGCUUAUAUUUUUAAUUGUUAUUGACUAUAUUCAAUAUAUAAAAAUCAUUUGUAUAUAUUUAUGAUUAAGACCUUGCAAUAAUUUCUUCUCCAUGUUUCCUUUCCCGAGCUCAUGUUCUGUUUAGCGCAUUUAUAUACAAUUACCAAUACAAUACAAUGUUAGUAAUAAUGAGAGCAACAUAUUCUAUGAAGCUGUGCCCGAGCAAUUGAAGCCUCCCAAGAUGAUCGCAUCUUGGAACUUACUCCCCGAUUAAGACGCUUCGCAGCGGCGCAGUUGAUCUGUAAAUUGUAUUAUUUUGAUGUGAUGUAUUUAUAAUUUCCCUUUAUAUAUGCAUAUAUAUAUAUAAAUAAAAUUGAUUUUAUCGUAUAUGUACCUCAUUAAUUAUGUUAUGAUUUCUUUUUGUUUUCUCACCCCGUCCAGAAAGUGCAAUAUAAGUGUUAGGAUCUUUAAGUUGUAUUAAUCAAUGUUGAAGGUUGUGCGACUAUGUUUGUGAGGCGUUUUAAAUAACCAUUAAUUGAACACCGAGCCACCAGCUGGUGUUUGUCCAAAAAAGCAAGAAAGCAAUAAUUGCAUUGAGUAUUUAAUUUUAUGUUAAGAUACUUUAAUAAUCGUACACGAAAAGGAUUAAGUGUGAGUGUUGUGGCCCCCCGAAAGUAAAGUGCCGACAGAGCAUGGAAAUGUGAAUGUUUUGAAUCCGGCACCGGCUGACGCGUUCGUUUGUACGUAAAACCGUGAACGUAUCCAUCCAUCCAUCCAACCAACCAACAUCCAAAGCACUCCAAAACUGAGUCUGAGAUAGAUUGCAAUUUAAAACCAAACAAUAAGAGCGAUUUACACUUAGAAAAACCCAAGAGCGAAAACUAAAACUGAAAUCCAACAGCAAGAAGCAGUUGGGAGGCGUUGAAUAGUGAAAGCCCAACUGGAAGAUCUACAGCCAUUCAUCCAGUGUAUACAAAACAUAAUUAUACACCACUUAUAUAUAUAUUAGGUAUAUAUUUUCGAACUGUUUUUCUACUUGCGUAAAAGCGAAAAGCAACUACCAAAAUAUACUUGAAAAUACGUCCAAAAUUGAAAAUUCAAGGUCAAGAUACAACUACGAUAUUAUACUUAACACUGCAUGGAUAUUCAUGAAUAUACAUUAUUGUAAAAGGCAUAAAUAUUUACCAAUGAUAACGAUAAACCUAACUGAAACAGAACUAUUUAAAUAUUGAGUAUGUGUGUGUGCAAUUUGUAGACGCCGCAUUUCACAUCGGUUGAGCAUUAUAAUUCAGAAAUUAAUUUAAUCACGUGAAUGUACAUAGUGGGGCACUUAUUACCGGCAAAAUCAGCAAACAAAUUAACGCAUUUAACUAGCGCAAAUAAUUGUCAACUAGAGGUUGAUUGAGUUACGUAACGACGGAACCCCGAUAGAAAAGCGAAAGUUAGCAGCACAUAUUGGGCUUUAUUGUAAAAUAGAUCGAGAAUCCAUAGUUGUAGAACCGAACCACACACACAGAGUGCAUUGCAAAGAAAUCAAGUAGCCGAAGCGAUCGAUUGGAACGCCGACAAAUUAAAUCGUACCUUGACGUUAUACUAAAGAACUAAUCAUAUUUUUGUGCAAUCUAGUGCAGUUCCCACGCAAUCAGACCCGCAAAUAAAAUACUUUGCCAUUGCAUAUAGCCUCUAGCCUCUAGCGUAUCGGAAUGUUAGGCACACACAUAUUACAUAUUACAUAUUACAUAUGGAAUAUAUGAGAUAUAGGAUCGGUAGAUGAUGGCCUUCGAAGCAGUUUACUCGUAAGUUUGCGCACUCUUAGAGCUUUUAGCACGGUCAACGAAUAAAUGUUAUUACACCUCAAUUAUGGCGCGACUCCAUCAGCCGUUAAAUAAACUAACCAAAGAGUUCAGCCACGAGUUAAUGAAUAAAAUAAACCAUGCAUACGUAUGAUCUAGAUCUGCUUUAUCAUCGUACACAAACAGACGCAUCGUAGCAAAGCCAUUGUUGAUGAAUUUGGUUCGGUCGUUUUGUAAGUGCAGAUAAUCCAGUUGAGUUCAAUCCUCACUAGUAGUUGCAAAUACAGAAUAGUAGGUGUCAGCAGCGGAAGCCAUACAGAUAAUUUUAGUAAUUUACAAUUGUUUUACUCCAAUUUAAGUAUUUUACUGCAAACACGCCAGAGAAAUUAAACCACAAAUACACGCGUAAUCAGCAAAUUUGAACAACUUCAACCAAACAAAACAAAAGAGAAUAUGAAAUAUGUACUUAUAUCUAUAAAUACAAAUAUACAAACAUGCAA